AGGAAGAAAAAAAAAAUGCUGCGCCACGCCGCCCACCGCCUGGCCUCCCGCGCCGCCGCCGGCUCCAUCAGCCGCAGGGCCCUCGCCACGGAGGUUGGCAAGCCUAUUGAGGAGACCAAGGAAGAUGUGUACCCAAAGAGGAUGCAGUCUGAAAGCUUGCCUGCCAAGAUACGCAUCGUGAUGAAAUCUUUCAAUAGCCAAAAGGACAAUCUGAGUGGGCUUGAGCCUUACAUGCGCAAGGUUGGGUUGCCUGAAUCGCGAUCCUUGUACACCGUGUUGCGAUCACCUCAUAUUGAUAAGAAAUCAAGGGAGCAAUUCUCAAUGCAUGUGAAGAAAUGUUUCGUGGAAAAAAAGGCGGAGACACAUGAAUUGGCCAAGAAGUUCUUCUGGUUAAAACGCAUGCGUAUAUUGGGGGCUCAGUAUGAAAUCAAUAUUAGCUUCAAGACCCGUUUGGAUAAAAAAGAUUGGCUGCCGCAAAAGUGUGGGCCUGCUCCGACAGUAUUUCCAAGCCAAAAAGGGAGGCAGGUUAGAAAAAGAAGGUGGUUGGGUUAUUGAGUUAUCCCCUGGUUCUGAAUAAAUCGUACUAGGCUGGUAGCUGGUUGAUUAGUUGUUAUUUGCUUGCCGGUGCUUUCUUGCCUUAUAGGUACUAGAGCUGCUUCAGGUCUUGGUUUGAUCUAGCACCUACAAAUAUGUUCUAUGUAAUGUCACAUGAAACUCUGGAUGUAUGUGGCCUAUCAUCAUUAUCAUAUUUACUAUCUAUCGGUUAAGUGCCA